CAGGGGGCGCUCGAGGCCCUGCCGCUCCAUUCCCAAGAUGGCGGCGGCGGCGGCGGCGACCGGCUCCGUGCCGGUGCGGGUGUGCCACCAGGAGAUCGUCAAGUUCGACCUGGAGAUCAAGGCGGCCGUGCAGGACAUCCGGGACUGCCCGGGGCCGCUCAGCGCCCUCACGGAGCUCAACGCUGCGGUGAAGGAGAAAUUCCGGCACCUCCGCGGCCGCAUCCAGGUGGGGUUGCGCUGCCUGCGGCAAAGCGGGCUGCCCGCGGGGCCGCUGCCGCCUCGCGCCCUUCCCUUGGUGGCGGCCGUCCGUCUGAUUUCCCGUUACUGCUUUUUGUCCAAGGAGCUGGAACAGAUGGCGAGGGAACAAGAUAAAGAGUCGGAGAAACAGGCCUUGCUGCAGGACGUGGAGAACCAUAAAAAGCAAAUGCUCAGCAAUCAGGCAGCUUGGAGAAAGGCAAAUCUGGCUUGCAAAAUUGCUAUCGACAACUCUGAGAAAGAUCAGCUGCUGCAGGGAAGAGACUCCUUACGACAAAGAAAGACUACGAAGGAAAGUCUGGCAGAGAGUGCAAGUAACAUCACAGAGAGCCUGAUGAGCAUCAGCAGGAUGAUGUCACAGCAAGUCCAGCAGAGCGAGGAGACUGUGCAGACCCUGGCCAAUUCUUCACGAACCAUCCUGGAAGCAAAUGAAGAAUUUAAGUCCAUGUCUGGGACGAUUCAGCUGGGGCGAAAGCUGAUAACGAAGUACAACCGCAGGGAGCUGACUGACAAGCUGCUCAUCUUCCUCGCCCUUGCCUUAUUUCUGGCCACUGUGCUUUAUAUUUUGAAAAAAAGACUCUUCCCAUUCUUGUAAAAUCCUGAAGUUAAACUGGACUGUUAUGAAAGAUCAGAAAGGGAUAGUGUAAUACUGUUGGGCUUAUUAGAAAAGGGAUAUUGCAAUAGCUGACAGAGCAUUCGAGUGACUUCACAGUGUCCCUAUGGAGCUCACAAGAAGCUGCCAAAGAAGAGCUUAAAUGAUCACAGGAUGGGAAGAAGUGGUUGGAUGGAGGUGUGGAGAGAAGAAGCUCUGAUCUGCCUGUGGGUUUGGUGUCCAGACAGACACUGGAGGAGCUGUGCACUCAGAGGUGCUGCUCUUACCUCAUCCUUUCUUCACUUUGCCAUGAAAUUUACUUUUGUCUUCAGCUUGAAGUGGAAGCUGCAUUGGUACCCAAGUGCAGGGUGCUGAAAACAAGCAGAAGGAUGGAAGGGAGAAACACACAUACAUUCCAUGAAUAAACUAUUUAUUGUAUCUGUGUAAGCUGGGUUUUGUUUAAGAACAAAGUGUAAUGAAUUGAAAGAGCCAAAAUAACUUCCAUGGAGAAGUUAUGCUUGCAGCAGUGGGUGCUUCUGGGAUGGUUUUUCCAGGAGUGUAGCACACUUGCUUUGUUCCCUGGUGAUGGGAGGACUGACCAAAACAAAAAUGGAAGCCUAAUUUCUGACUAUUAAUUCAUGCAGUGUUGGAGAAUGAUGUGGUUAACCUGUUGAAAUCCAGAGCCUUUUUUCCUUUUAUGUAUGAUUCCAUGAAACAGUUUCGAUUUGCAGAGCACAGACAAAUUCUGCAUUUGAACAUUUUUCUGAAAGUUGGUAUUUUUCUCAGUAAAAUCUUCUGCAGUGACUGCCUUUCCUAUCUCUUGUGCUCCCACGCUGGGGUUUGAUUUGAUGCAAUAACAUAAAUACCAACAUACCACCCUUUGUAGUACCAGAGCACUGCAGCAUUCUUAAAACCGCUGUCACCUUUCUCUAAUGAAAUGGAAUCAUUGCUUUUUCAGGGCUGACCAGUAACAUUGGUUUUCUCUUUACAGAGUUCUCAUGGAAUGGUUAAGUACUGCUUUAAUGUAGCUGCUAAAAGUAAACUUUUAAAAGGCAGUGCUAUUAAGAAGUAUGGCAAUAACCUCUCAAUAGCACAUUCAGAGAGAAUAGGUGACUACUGGGUUGUCUUAUCAUUGUAGUGCUGGCUUUUCUAGGUCUUACCAGUGGUACAGUGCACCCUUUCACCAGCAGCUGCUUCAAGCUUAGUUAAAUAAGUGAGGAGUGGUAGAUUGUAGUAUUCCUAACCACUGUGCUGGAUUAAAAUUGGUUGUGUUCAUGGGCAUGAACAGUAGAAGCUGGAUUUUAUUAUCUAGGUCAAAAUUAGGGCCUCUGCGUGAAGAGUUAGAAUGUCUGAGCCUUUCUUCCUAAUGCAGUAAAAGGGAUUUGGAAACCUUUGCCCUAGGCCUGGUACAUCCCAUAGAGGGCAGUGCUGCGUGUCAGCCGUGAGCGUUUUCUGGCUCUGGCACUCAGUCCUGUGGCAGCCAGGCUAGGCACGGUGCUCGUGGCUCUUUCUCUAUCGUUUAUUCAUCAUAUUUCAGUGCAGCUUUCCUCAUAGCCUCUCCAGAGAUGCAGAGAUAGAAAGAUUGAAAUAAAGUGAAAAUAUCCAUGUUACAAUUUGGGUAAGACAAAUUACUCUGUUUAAAGAAAGAUCCGUUACAAAAAGUCAGUAAAUGUGGGUAUUUUGGUAACAUUAAAGCCUUGCUUUGUAACAAGUCUGACAAAUAGACUGCUAAGCAAGGAAAGCACUGCCAUCCACGGGUUGGGGCUGCAAUGGAGCAGUUUCAUCCAGUGUCGCAUUCGUACACAGUGCCUCCAGCAUCAGGAUGGAACCUUCUCACCCCUUUGUCCUUCUGCACAGGUGUGCAAAAACCUCUGUGUGCAGCGUGGACUCUGUCCUCCAGCCUUGGAAAGUCUUUAAAUAACACUAAAACAUAAUUUGGAAUAUAAAUACAUCUCAAGUAAUGAUGAGCAAUGCAGUUUUAUGCAACUUUUUUCUGCUAUUUUCUACUUGCAGGCCAGCUGUAGCAGUGCUGUUCUAUGUUUUCCAGCCCGAUCUCUCAGAGAUGCAGUACCUGCAGGCAGUCAGUCCCCAGCUGCCUCACUGUUUCCUCCCUGGUGUGGAUGCAAUACAAAAAUAGGUCGUUGCUAAUCUCUGAGAUACCGGGACGCUAAGCAGAUGCGAGAGCUGUGCUGUGAGCAGCAAUGCAGUGUGACUGCCUGCAGGAAGUUUCACUUGGUUUAUCUUGGCUACGCGUUCCCAUCAGAAU